AUGGCUGGAAAAAGGAAGAGAGAGAUUGCUGUGGCAUCAAGGCCCAGCGGCGAGAAACAACCCAGCCCGCAGCCGGCCACUGACGCUCAGGAGAUUUUCCGAAAGUACUUCGAAGCUCAAUUCGAACCGAUCGAGACGACUGGUUCUUCGAAGCGGAAGGCCGACCGUGCGUCUUCUGAAGAUGAUGAAAAUUCCGAAGAAGAAGAUGAGGAAGACGAGGAAAUGUCAGAGGUGGAGUCUGAUUGGGAUGAGAUCUCUGAGGAAAGUGACGAGGAAGCUGUAGUGGAGGUUGUUGAGCACAAGGACGCCAGUCUUUCAGCGAGCGACUUGAUGGACAAAAAGGCGUACAAGGCCUUCAUGAGUGCCAAACCACCGACAUCCGCAGACGAGAAAAAGAAGAUCGCACAGGCAAGCAAGAAGGACGACUCAGAGGAUGACGCCCACGAAGCAAUGAACCUUAAAAACGACCUUGACCUUCAGCGACUACUUCGCGAAUCGCACCUCCUCGAAUCAUCGUCCGACCUUGCCCCGACCGGCAAAAAUCGAUUGAAAGCUUUGGAUCUCCGUAUGCAAGAUCUCGGCGCGAAGGAGUCCCUCUACAAACAGAAGAACAUGCCUGAUGCCUUCCGCAAGGGCAUCAAAGCCAAGGCUGUUUCCAGAGAUGAAAAGCGACGCCGAGAGGCCAAGGAGAAUGGUAUCAUUCUCGAGAAGCCCAGCAAGGUCGCCAAAACAGACAACAAGCGCCGAGAGCGUGGUGUUGGAGGCUCGUCCAUUGGCAGGUUCUCCGGGGGUACUUUGAAUCUGAGCAAGCAGGACUUGGAAAAGAUGCAGAGCUCCCGCGGUCGGUCCAGUCGUGGUGGGCGUGGAGGUCGCGGUGGACGAGGUGGACGAGGCGGAAAGGCCAAGAGAGGUCGCUUCUGA